GGAGAAUGGAAGCUAGCUGAAGACAAGAAACAAAAACCUCUCAAUCCCUCUGUAACUGAAAACCCUAAUCGCGCGCCAGAGGCUCGCAGCUUCCAUUAAUGGCGGUUUGAGGAAGCGAUUUCUUCCAUGAAACAGAAAUUUGAGUGAGGAUUUCGGCAAUGGCGAUUGCUUGAGCUUUCGAUCUCGAGCUCGGAGCGGGAUUUCAAGCGAUCUUAUCAAGCUCUUGCAGAGAUUUAUCGGAUUCUCGAAAGAGGAGGAUUUGAACGAGCUCAUUCAGAAUCCCAGCUGAGCAAGCUCCGGAUACAAGCAACAAAAAUCAACAGAAAAGAAGAAAACCCAAAAUUCAUUUCCAAAAAUACUCUCAUGGCUUCUUCAUCCGAAGCCGUUCCUGUCUCGCCACUCGACACCGCCGCCCCUUGUCCAGAAGAACAGUCUAACACCAAUCUGGUGCGCCAAUCCUCGGUCUAUUCCCUCACCUUGGAUGAAUUCCAGCACACUGUCUGCGAGCCAGGGAAGAACUUUGGCUCCAUGAACAUGGACGAGUUCAUUGCGAACAUCUGGACCGUCGAAGAGAGCCAGGCCGUGGCGGCAGCGAUGGAGGCUGCACAGUCAAAUCCCAACGAUGGAGAAACGCCAACAGCCAUUACCCGCCAGCCCAGCUUGCACAGGCAAGGCUCCCUCACCAUCCCUGCCCCACUCAGCAGAAAAACAGUUGAGGAGGUCUGGUCUGAAAUCCACAGAGACAGAAACCUGCCGCCGCAGUCGAAUUCUACUCAUAGCAAUACUAAUAAUAACCACCCAAAUGAUGGAAAUCAUGGAAAUGCCGCUCGCCAGCCGACGUUUGGAGAGAUGACGCUUGAGGAUUUUCUGAUAAAGGCCGGGGUAGUUCGGGAAGGCUGUUCGUCUUCUUCACAGCAACAGCAGCAGCCGUUUGGGUAUUUUCGGAAUAAUAAUGGCGUGGAACAGGAAUUUGCAGUGUCUGGAAAUGUUAUGGGUUAUGGAUAUGCGGAUCACCGGAAUACUGCUAAAGGUGGUGCAGCAGGCAGUAUUCAGGCAUACCAAGCGUUUCCUCAGCAGCAAGCCGGUGCGGUUAUUGGGGAGGGGAUGUCGAAUUUUGGUGGGAAUGCGGGGAGGAAUGGUGGUUUUCCAGGGGGGUGUUUUGGGGGGAGGAUGGGAAAUGGGGGUGGUAUUGCGGGAGGUUUUGGGGUGGGGUGUGGAUCGCCGGUGAGUCCGGUGCCGUCGGAUGGAAUGUGUGGUGGGGCGAGUCAGGGAAUGGAUAACUCAGUGAGUCAGUUUGGGAUGGAAAUGGGAGUGGGAGGGAGUGGAGGGGUGAUGAGAGGGAGUGGAAGUAGGAAGAGGGGGGCAGAUGGGGAGCCUUUGGAGAAGGGGGUGGAGAGGAGGCAGAGGAGGAUGAUCAAGAACCGUGAGUCUGCGGCCAGAUCACGUGCCAGGAAACAGGCAUACACCGUAGAACUUGAGGCUGAGCUAGAGAUGUUGAAGGAAGAAAAUGCUAGGCUCCGGAAAGAGCAGGAGGAAGAAGAAGCCAGGAGGAAAAAGAAGAUUUUGGAAGCCAUGAUGGCCAAGGUUGCACCAACAAAGGGGAUGAAGCCUAAGCCAUUGAGAAGGACUUUUACUGGGCCAUGGUAAUGAACGUGCAGCGUUUCAGGAUCAUUUACAUAAACUUGACCUCAUAUAUUUGAUUAGUGAAUAUGUCUAUGCUUAAUCUAAUUCGAUAACUAGUUUUGAAUGAGGCUUUGCUCAUCUGUAUGCCUGAUGAUCAUGAAAGGGGCGUUCUUCAACACCCAGUAAUCAACACAUCAAGUGGUUACAGUGAAUCCACAUCGUCCAUCUAGCAGUUCCUUCCAUGAAUGUCCCAUGGUUGAAACCUUAAGGACGAUAAUGGAUUCUACAGGAGAAACUAAUGGAUAGCAAUCAUCUGCUUGAUGUUAUUUUCAGCCAAUGGCCAUAUACGGUUCAGAUUUGCUUGGUCUCUGGUGAUCAACGAGCAUCCAUGAUCCAGCCCCACGGUUGUUAGCAAGCCUCAUGAUAAAUAUUGUUAUCAUUAGGUUAAGCUAAGCUAUAAUCACUACCAUUUGAAGUUUAUGUAAAUCUGUGAAUUAUCAUCCGCACUGCUGGAGGUUGAGCUUACGUGAGUUCUGUGGAGGCUCUGUGCAGAGGGAGUUCAACUGGAAAUAAGCAGGUGCGGUUACCUACAAGUAGGUUGUAGUUAUAGUUUAUAUAGAAAGUUAUUAUAUAUUACUAAAAAUGUGAGGAUUUGUUUUUUUUUUUUUUCCUUCUCUCUCUCUCUCUCUCUCUCUCUCUCAUUAAUAUUAAUAAAGAUGCAUGGAAAGAUGCAUCAUAUAUAUAUAUAACACAUUGAGUACUGAACUAUGCAAUUACUUGUAAAGUGGAGAUUUGGAGUUUAGGGCUGUUUAGAUAACUGUUAUAUGUUUUCCUGCAUUGUUCA